GAUUCAAACAAAUGGGUGUACACUCCUGGGCAGAUGGUCACCUCACCUAGUGGCAGAAGGACAUGGCGAAGGGAGAAGUUCGAGUGUGACGAUUUUCUACACUUAAAGUACACUAGCCGCGUCAUGGAGCCGCUUUCCGUCAGAAGACUGGUGAACGAGGUCCUCAGCAGGGUAAUAGGGGACGACACUGCGAGCUGGCUGCAACGUACUAGAAUCGGAUGGACCUACAACGCCAACAUCUCCUCCAAGCUGUGUAGACCAGCUGAGGUCUUUUGUGAGUUCGAUCUAUCGCAAUGGAUGGACAGCGAUGACCCCGAGCAAUGCCCAUGCAGAACUCGCACGUACUCGGACAUGCGAAGCAACUGGUCAAUCGAGCUGCUCCGCUAUGAGGGGUGCACGCAUGUCAUCACCCUGGACUCUUCGAUCACAGAUAAACCCCUGCUACAAGGCAUUAUCAAUGCAGGUCUCAACCAUAUCCCGCUGAUGGCUCUGGAUGUAGAGGAGGCUAUCGUGGAGCUGGACCGUUUUUUGGACAACCUCUUCGCAAGCGUGAUGGAACUGCGGGAGCUCACGGAGUCCUCUAAAUCAUUUUUACGGAGGAUUAUUGUAAAGAAAGGGAGGGCGAGGAUGGGUAAGUUCAAAGCAGCGCACAAGCACGCGGUAGCUGAACCAUUCGAGCAUCCUACUUUCAAGAGGGAGCUGGACUUUAUCACGGGCAGAUUCCUCAUCUGUCUGACGGAUAAAGCGCCCAACACUCCGACAUUCGUAUGCAAAAACUUCAUCCGGAAGCUUGCCUUCCAGAGACUAUCGGGCCCUGAAUUCGCCUGCAUCGGCAUGCCUCCAUCGGCGGUCAUCUCGUGGAUAACUCUCUGCUCUGUCGGCGCUUCCAGUCGCACCUGCUGCGCUCCCAUAUCUCAUGACAGUGCUGAAGGCGCAAAAGGGCACCUUCAGGUGAAAGGUAUCCCCAUGGGACUCGCGUGUUCCCCAAUUUGGUGUGGCAUAUACUUCUUUAAGUAUGAGUUUCAUGCCAUGAUGAGGCUGGUGGACACGGGGAAUGCCCAUCUGAUCCCGUACUUCGAGAGUACCUUCAGAUACAUCGACGAUUUAGGAGCCAUCAACAACGCAGUCAUCAGUAGCUUCCUGCGCCAGUCCGGGGACAGGGAUCCGAAUGAUCCCUGCUGGGUUUAUCCGGACCAGUUUAUUGAGAUAAAGGAGAACACCGAGGUGCACGAGGAUGGAAUCGGCUACGUGGCCAACUUCCUCAGCAUGACCAUCACAGUCACAUCGCCGAUCGAAGGCACCUACAUCACCUCCCAGUUUGACAAGCGCACUGACCUAGGCUUCUCUCCGUGCAGAUUCAUGAAGUUUAAGUCUAACAGGAGCAUCAAGCAAUCGCUGCAGAUUAUCACGACACAAGUCGCGCAGAUCCUCAUGAUCUGCUCAGAUCCGGAGAGCGCUGCGAAUGAAAUCGCAAAGAUUGUACCAGCAAUGAUGGAGAAUGGCUUUGCUGCAGGAGCAUGCUGGAGAGUGGGCAAGAAGACCCUACGCAAUGCGCACCUCUACCAGCCUAGUAGUUUAUCCGUGCAUGUAAUCAGGGAAGCUCUGACCAAUAUCUAUGGGAUUGUGGACUAACUGCUGUGUUGAUGUCUGUGUAGGUGCGUUUGUGUGUGUGAUUGGUAUCCAGGGGACAAUUGGGCCAAGAGG